AUGCCCGGAUUUUCGCAGGCCAACGAGCUGCCAGCAUGGAAGAAUCUCAUGCAGCACCAUGACACGAUUGGCCGCGGAAUGGUGCUUCGCGCCGAGUUCGAAAAAGACCCGAAGCGCUUCGAGAAAUACAGCCGCACAUUCCACAACGAGGCCGACAACAGCGAUCUGCUGUUCGAUUUCAGCAAGAACUUCCUCACCGACGACACCCUUCCACUCCUCGUCAAGUUGGCGCAGGAAGCCAAUCUCGAGACACUCCGCGAUGACAUGUUCAAGGGCGAGAAGAUCAACUUCACUGAGAAGCGUGCCGUGUACCAUGUUGCUCUUCGCAAUGUCAAGAACGACCACAUGGCAGUUGACGGCGAGAGCGUUGUCGAGGGUGUGAACGAGGUCCUCGACCACAUGAAGGAGUUCUCCGAGCAGGUACGCAGCGGAGAGUGGAAGGGUUACACUGGCAAGCCAAUCGAUACUGUCAUCAACAUUGGUAUUGGUGGAUCCGAUUUGGGACCGGUCAUGGUCACCGAGGCUUUGAAGCCAUAUGGCAAGCAGGGCAUGAAGCUCCACUUCGUCAGCAACAUUGACGGCACUCACUUGGCAGAGGCGGUCAAGGAAAGCAACCCCGAAACCACUCUCUUUUUGGUUGCAUCCAAGACUUUCACCACCGCUGAGACCACCACCAACGCCACCUCUGCGAAGAACUGGUUCUUGAAGACCGCUAGCGAGAAGGAUAUUGCCAAGCACUUUGUUGCGCUCUCGACCAACACGAGCGAGGUCGAGAAGUUUGGAAUUGACAGCAAGAACAUGUUCGGUUUCAGCGACUGGGUUGGUGGACGUUACUCCGUGUGGUCUGCCAUUGGGCUGUCGGUUGCAAUCUACAUCGGAUUCGACAACUUCAAGGAGUUCCUGGCUGGAGCCAACGCCAUGGACCACCACUUCAAGACCGCUCCUCUAGAGGAGAAUAUUCCUGUUAUUGGUGGUCUCCUGAGCGUUUGGUACUCUGACUUCUUCGGCGCGCAGACUCACCUUGUCGCACCAUUCGACCAGUACAUGCACCGCUUCCCAGCAUACCUACAGCAGCUUUCCAUGGAGUCAAACGGCAAAGCCAUCACCCGCUCUGGUGACUACGUCAAGUACACCACCGGUGCCAUCCUCUUCGGCGAGCCAUGCACAAACGCCCAACACUCCUUCUUCCAGCUUCUGCACCAAGGCACUAAGCUCAUCCCCACCGACUUCAUCCUUGCCGCCAAGUCACACAACCCGAUCGAGAACAACAAGCACCAGCACAUGUUGGCCUCCAACUACUUUGCCCAAGCAGAGGCUCUCAUGAUCGGCAAGACGCCCGAUGAUGUCAAGGCCGAGGGCGCGGCGGAUGAGCUUGUACCGCACAAGGUGUUCUUGGGUAAUAGGCCUACCACUAGCAUCUUGGCGGAGAAGAUCACUCCCGGUACUUUGGGUGCGCUCAUUGCUUACUACGAGCACGUCACAUUCACCGAGGGCGCCAUCUGGAAUAUCAACUCAUACGACCAGUGGGGUGUGGAGCUUGGCAAGGCGUUGGCCAAGAGCAUUCAGGCUGAGCUCGACAGCCCUGGCGAGAGCACCAAGCAUGACUCAAGCACGAGCGGGUUGAUCAAUGCCUUCAAGAAGAUUGGAGGUAUCGCGUGA